AAAAAAAUAAAUUUGAAAACAACAUCUAUAGAGAAUAUUUCUCACAUACAAACCCGUCUUAAAUCAUUAAUCGAUAGCAAUGACGAGAGUUCUACGUGUAGUGAUGGUGAAAACGUGGAGAACAGUUUAAAGGCGAAUGUCGAAAACUUUGUCAUUCUUAGAGACGCUUUACAGUGGUGGAAAAUGAGCAAGAUCGUUGAGGAAAAAACGGGGCCAAAACUAUUCAAUUUCAAGAAGAUAGUGACUUAUGUUAGACCGUUAAAAACAAAGGCAUUAAUGGAAAAUAAAACAGUAGCUGGAGACCCAACAAAAAGUGACAGAAAAAGGCUUACUGAACUAGCCUCGACUUGGGGAUUUGACAUUGUUGAGGUAACGGGUGACGGCAAUUGCCUUUUUACGGCAGUCGCAAUGCAAUUGCAACAAAUGAUGAGCUUGAAUGCACAUAAUGAAUCAUUGUUAAUGUCGCACCUUGCGGAACAGAUGGGAAUAGACACAUCUACAUCCAUCAACGAUAUUGGUAGCAUUCUCAGGAGUAAAGUCGUCCAAGAAUUGAAGGGAGAACGAGUAGAUUUUUAUCAGUCAUUUCUGCCCAGUGAUGUAAACUUUUUUUCGGAGGCAGAUCGUUUUAUCCAAUCGGGAACGUUUUCAGGUCCGCUAGGCGAUCUUAUACCUCUAGCAAUCGCAAACGUUAUUCAAAUACCUUUAUUUGUCUUAAAUCCAAGUUUUUUGACUCCUUUUGUGAUGAUUUCUCCUGAAGGGAUGGUGCCAGCCUCAAACGUCGUCUAUCUCGCGUAUAAUGCAAGUGGUCCAGGACACUAUGAUGCGCUAAUUAUCUCCCAACGUGAUCAGCAGGAGCGAUUCACUUCUGAAACAAACAGCAAUCUCGAUCCUCUCGAGAGUCAGUCCACGCUUUCCACGCGGAGAAAGUGCCAAUCUCAACUCCAAGAAAACCAUGUCGAUGCGGAGAAAAAAAUAAAUACAAAUCAAAAGCAAAAGCGUCAAGGAACUACAAAGGCAGGUGCAAGUGCAUCAACGAAUACGGUACCUGUAUGAGCGCAUGCAGUUGUUGUGGAUGGUGCCAAGGCAAACAAUGUGGGGGAAACCAAAGGCUUCCUCGA